GAGUCUCUGAGGGGGGAAGACAGUUGUGGAUCAACACCCAACACCAACGAUAGUAUAACGGCCUGGAGAGUUCCCCCAUGGACCUAAUUUUGACGGCGCACCUAUCUCUCCCUUAUGCGUGGUCUCUGGUCAUUGGGGCAGAAUGAUGAAUACCCCAGGAACUGCCAAGCUCGCCUCGAAAUGUGCUACUCCUCGAGCUUGUGACCAAUGCAAACUUCGCAAGACCAAGUGCAGUUUGUCUCAGCCAUGCGCAGCAUGCACGGCACUGGGGUUUGAAUGUACAUUUCUCAAUCCUCAAAAGAAGAGAGGCCCAGCGGGACACCGUCUAUCGCAAAUUCGAAAACAGCAGAACCAGGCAAGAAAUCUGGCUGGCGGAUCUAGUACUAACAGUAGUUCUGGCCCAUUACCUCGAACUCGGUCCACCCAUGGGACGGAUGUUUCUGAUUUCCAGCUAUCACCGGCAGCCACGAUGACAAACACAGAGGUCAUUCCUCAAAUGGAGCUGCCAAAUUUCCCGCAGCAAUUAGGCCAAUUGGACAAUACGCAAGUUGGAUUCAUGGCAAUGCCUGACGAAAGAGAUCGUACGGCGUGGACUGAAGACCCCGAUCUUGAAUCCUGGCUUCCAAAUAGCUUCACAUCGCAGGCUCCGUCAUUCGGCUUCUCUGGAAGUAAUAUAUUUGUCAGAACUGCGCUUCCUCCGGUCAUCGAUCCCAAAAUCAGCCAGUCCUCUGGCAACAUGCAGCCAGGAAACUCUCCAGAUAUUUCCAUGCCGGAAGUAACAUUGACCUCUUCUUCCUAUCCACAAGUUCCCAAUUUCUGGCCCUCUUAUAUCAGUGAGACGAAUCUCAUUCAUUGGAUUGACCUCUAUUUUGAUCGCUUGCACCCAACGUUACCCGUGCUAAACAGAUCUUCUCUGUUCAUCAAAAUACUACAACAAGAGCAUCGACAAAAUCCACAAUUCGGCGCUAUGAUCCUGUCUCUCUGCGCCUUUUCUCUAACGCAGCCUAUUGAUAUCAGCGAGCGACCAACUUCAUCGUCGAGAGCCGACCAAGCACGGAUGAUGAUGGAUGAAGCGACAAAGAUGCGCAGCUCAUCCGAUUUUGGUGAAAAUCCUACAUUGGAAGCCGUGUUAACUAGCUUUUUUCUUUUCGGAUGUUUGUUUGGGAGUAAUCAGCACAAUGCAGCGCGACUCCGUUUACGGGAGGCUGUAGACCUCGCUUCUACGUUGGGGUUGAAUGAUCCAAAUACGUAUGUAGAUUUUUCGGGCGAGGAGAAAGGACAGAGACUGCGGACGUAUCUGGUUUUGUCUGUCACGGAGAGAGCAUAUGCCCUGCAGCGACGACAUUCAAUCAGUUUCACUGGCAGGCCAGGAUAUGCCAUGCGACCGACAGACGACUUCCUCCACCAUGCUACUCAUAGCCUCAUAUCUGGAAUUGUUGUCCAUAAUGAGAAAGAUGCAGCCGGAAUGAUGGGUCUUGCUCUCCUGAUGGAAAUUUUCGACUCCAUUGACGAAGAAAUACUAACCUGUUGGAAUUCCCGCUGCGAUGCCAGCAAUGGGAAGUGCCAGAUACUCACUGAAGCCAAAGUCCUGAGCAUUUACCAUAAUCUCGCUCGGGUGAGUAACUCGAGUCGAUAUAACAGCAACGACUGGUUUGACCCAGAUCAUACAAAUUUGACAGAUCUAGAAGACAAUGCAACCAAGACAUUGGGGAGUUUUCUUACCGAGACGCAAUGUGCGGAUGUAUUAAUAUCUCAAAAAUGGGUGCAGGACCGACUGUGGAAUUUAUGUCUCAGCCAUGGUCUUCUUCUGCCAGAAUCGGAGCAUUUAGAGCUGCGGUUUUCGUAUGCAUUUCACAAUGCUGAGAGGACUCUUGAGCUAUGUAAAACAUUACGAAUUAGUGCCAUGGAAGCUCAUGGAAUUGGGAUUAUUGAGAAGUUGUACAAUAUUGCGAGCAGCGCUGUGAUGACACCAUACAAUACGGGAAAUACUGGAACCAACAUUAGAAUAUCUGACACACAGAUGCAACUUCUUGGAGGUCAUUAUUUGAAAUUGAUGGAAACUCUUCGUGGCGGCAGCCAUCCAUAUACAGAGCAAUACAGGGCGCAAUUGAGAUCCCUGUAACAAUGACGGAUGAGACUCGUUGAUACUGUCAUCUAUUUGUGCAGAGCGUUUUCUUAGAUGUACUCUACGCUUGGAUACAUGUAUA